GGCUUUUGUGUUUCAUGUGUGGUUCUCUGCACCAUUUAAUAAGAGACUGCCCGUCUGCUUCCAGUUUCCCUGUUAUGUGUCAGACAGGAGCUAUGCCUAAUUACAUGUAUCCGUACUGGAAUGGAACUUGGUUUCCUCAUAUCCCGCCCUUUAUGUAUGCAUAUAGUCCUGAAAUGAUGGCCUCCUCCAAUUCAUUCGUGCUACCUCCUCUGGGCUUUGCUCAUCCUGCAUAUAUGGCAUCCAUAUUUGGCAGUUUACCUCCAUAUGGAGGAGAAUAUAUGAGGAUGGGAGGCGAGAUUGCUCCAGUAAAGAAUAGUAUGGAGCACCAUCCAUGCCGUUCCGAGUUUCUGGAUCUUCAGGAUUUUCAAAGACGAAAGAAGUUUUCUGAUGACAAGGGGAGAAAACAGGAUUUUGUUGGUGAUCCCAACAAUGAUUUCUGUGGCCGCACUGAUUCUGCUUCGAUUCGCCUUCCGAGUACUAAAGGGAAAGAUGUUAAAAGGAAGAAGAAUAGAUUUGACGUGAAAGGACGCUGCAAGGAACAUCAGAGUUACUCAGAAUCCAGUACGAGAUAGAUGAAGAAUGGUCAGUGGGUCAGGUCAGGAUGGUGAAGAUUAUUAUUUCUAUAGAAAGGUUUAAUGAGGAAGAAACAGGAGCACUGUUUCAAGGUAAAUGUGUACAUGCUGCAUGCCUUCGACAUGGGUAAUUCAUCUGAUACCUUUCCAAUUCCAAAUUGGAUUUGUAUGAGAAGGUGUUUAUUGUCUUAUAUCUGGCUGAAGUGAUGAAUUUAGUACAAUUCAGACGACACAGAAGUGUUCUGGUCUGAUGUGGAUCUCUUUUGGUUUUUGAUACAUAUCUAGUUG